CAUUGCUGGGAAACGUCGUUCCCGUUAUUUCUUACUGGACAAGGGGAAUCGUAUAACUGAAGAAGACGCCUGUGAGCGCUAUUAAUGCUGCGGGCCAUUCAGGAUCAGUAUCCUAAGGGUUCGAAGGUGGGCCAAAAGGGUAUUGGGACACUACAAGAAAUCGACGCAACACACAACCCAUUCGAGCUGAUAUUACGUCACAUCCGCCCCAGCUCAGCCCUCUGCACCAGAAAGGGGCGGUCCCUGAGCAAUGAGGUAAUUGGUGUAAACAGUAAAGAUGGCCACGUUUGGGGAUGGAGAAGAACAUUCGCUGUCUAACGGGGGUCUUCCCGAAGCCCGCAGCAAAAAGCUGACCGAUCUUCCUACCGAGCUGCUGGAGCACAUAUUGUGUUUCCCGGUCCUCGGCCACGCUGACAUCUCCGACGUGUCUUGUAGCUGCAAGAGGCUCUACGAUGUAUGUCACGGCAGGGGAAAGGUGUGGGAACAUCAGUAUAAACUCAGGUGGCCCAGAUUACUGAAAAAUUACAGACCAAACGAGUCUUGGGACUGGAGGACGGAGUACAAGACGCGACACGUCGUCGGUCUGCAGAUCCGUAGGACUGUGGAGUCCAUUUCCAAGAGAUUCUUUACUGAAGUUCCUUGCGUUGGCCAGGUGCUGGGGGACAGCUUCGCUGAGAUCGAGUCCUUGGGAGCCCCAGAGCACUUCUGUGAAGAUGAGCUGAUCUCCAUAUUGAAUUCUGACACAAGGAAGAGCCUGACGUUGAAGUACUAUGCAAAGAAAAUCCUUUACUUUCUCCGUCAGCAGAACAUCCUGAAGAGUCUGAAGGCUUUCUUGGAAAAGCCAGCUGAGCAACAAUCUGCGCUUGAAGGUGCCGUCCUGGUGGAUCAGUACUGUAAUCCGCUGGCGGACGUCUCGCUGCAGAGCAUAACUGCCCAGCUGGUCGAAAUCGCAGACAAGGUUAAGAAGACUCUGCGCCGGACCAACCCCUCCCACUCCAGCCUGAGAGCGGACCAAGGUAACUGCCUCGUGGUCGAGGACUUCGAGCUGCAGAGGCAGGUGAUCUGUGCUCUCAACUCCGUCCUGUAUGAUCAGCUGAAGUACAAGGGUAAUGAGACAGACUACUACAACCCCCUGAACUCGUACAUCCACCAGGUGCUGCUCCGUAGGACAGGAAUUCCCAUCAGCCUCUCUGUCCUCUACAUGACCCUGGCCCAGAAACUGGGCGUCCGGCUGGAACCAGUUAACUUCCCCAAUCACUUUUUGCUACGUUGGUGCCAGCGGCCAAUGAGGAGUGAGGAUAUCUACGACUACGUUUACAUCGACGCCUUUGGGAAGGGCAAGCAGCUCACCGCCAAGGAAUGCGAGUAUCUCAUCGGCCACCAGGUGACCGAGGAUUACUACAGCUGCAUCAGCACGACGGAGCUUCUGCUAAGGAUGGUGGGAAAUCUCCUCAACAUCGGCAAGCGGGGGGAGGGCAGUGAGAAGUCCUACCAGCUUCUGAGAGACUCCCUGGACCUCUAUCUCACCAUCAACCCUGACAACGUCCAGUACUUACUGUUACAGGCCAGGCUGUACUUCCACCUGGGAAUCUGGCCAGAAAAGGUCCUGGACAUCCUGCAGCACAUCCAGGCCCUGGACCCGUCCCAGCACGGCGCCGUGGGCUACCUGGUGCAGCACACGCUGGAGCACAUUCAGCAUAAGAAGCACCCGGGGGAACCGGAGGCUAAGCUCCGCAGCACCACCGAGCACGCAGAGGUCCGCUUCUCCGUGGGCCUCGUCAUGAAGCAUAAGAGGUCGGGCUACAACUGUGUGAUCUAUGGGUGGGACCCCAAAUGCACCAUGAGCCAUGAGUGGAUUACCACCAUGAGGGUCCACCAACUGUCCAAUGGAGCCAACCAGCCCUUCUACAAUGUCCUGGUGCAGGACGGGACCUGUCGCUAUGCAGCACAGGAGAACCUGGAGCCGCAUGCAGAGCCACUGGAGAUCGGGCACCCCGAGGUGGGUCGUUACUUCUCGGAGUUCUGCGGCACCCACUAUGUGGCCAACGAGGAGCUGCAGGCGCGCUACCCAGAGGACCUGGCGGAGUCGCUGCGCGUCGUUAGCGAGCUCUACCAGGGAGGCACCCGCGACCCGGCAGAGAGACCCCCCGAGCCUCAGAGUGGUGACGGCGCCGCCGUGUAGCCACAGCGCACCCCCGCGUCCCGGCCAAGAAUCAAGCCAAGCCCCCGCCAGUCGCCGCUGCGUGACGACAAGCCAAGGAGGUUACCUGUCAGUUACUGUAGUAAACAACCACUAACGAACAAUGACUUUUCACCUUCACAAUGUGUUUUUUUCCCUGUAUAUUUCCGAUUAAAAAUGGUAGUGAUUAAUGA